AUGGGUGAAAACUCAGUGACCAUUUGUGAUUUUUUGCCUUCUGCAAUUGGUAAUAUCGUUGUUGGAAAAAUAGCCAAGUACACGGUUGAACCCUUCGUACGCCUAGUGGGACGCCAAGUGGGUUAUCUAAUCCACUACAACAGAAAUCUUCAAAAUCUAAGAACUCAAGUGAAGAGUUUGAGCGACGCCAGAGACAGGGUAGAGCAUUGGGUUGCUGAAGCAGAUGGAAGAGGUGAGAAGGUCGAAAAUGAUGGCCAAGAAUGGCUCAAAGAAGUGGCUCAGUUCAUGAAAGACACAGAAGAUGAUGCGGGAAGCAUGAACACGAUAGAAAAAUGCCAAGCAACUGGAGAGCCAAACGAAGUCUUGAAGGAUGAAAUCCAAGCAAAUGAAGAGUCAAACGAAGUCUUGAAGGAUGAACGUCAAGGAAAGCUGAAGCGUCUCCAUCAAUUUUGUCCUAAUCCGAGACUUCGUUAUCAACUAAGCAGAAAGUCAACAAGGUUGGUGGAGGCUGUGGAUGAACUCUACAAAAGAAAAGAAUUCUCUAGUGUUUCAUACAGUGUUUGCCCACAAGAGGUAUGUGUCAUAUCUGAUGAAGAUAAUGAGGCAUUUGAUUCAAGAAUUUCAACUUUGAAUAAAAUCAUGGAUGAAUUGAGAAGUCCCAGUGUCGACAUCAUUCUAGUGUAUGGUAUUGGGGGUGUGGGUAAAACCACACUAGUGGGCGAAGUUCUCAGGCAAGUUAUGAAAGAUAAGUUGUUUGAUGAUGCAGUCACGGUACGAGAUGUGAAAAUUCCAAACUUGGAAGCAAUUCAAAAAGAAAUUGCUGAAAAGUUAGGUCUUGAAGAUUCGUCAAACCAGACUAUCUCCGGAAGAGCCACUAGCAUAUGUAAAAGAAAAAAAGACAAGAAGACUCUUGUGAUUUUGGAUGAUGUCUGGAAAGAAAUUGACUUGAAGACUCUCGGGCUUCCCCACAUACCUACUUGUAAAAUACUGCUGACCUCUAGAACUUGAAAGGUAUUAUCUUCUGAUAAGAUUAAGCAGAAAGUAUUUCUGCUUGGAGUGUUGGGCGAAAAUGAAACUUGGCUUUUAUUUAAGAAGAA